CCCUAAACGGCAAUAGGCCAGCUUCUGCAUCGAAUCUAAACUUGCAUCCCCGAAGUUUUGACCAUCUACAAGUAAGUAUUGAUCAAAUGGAUGGGCGGGAAAACCAUUCGGAAAAUCUCUAUGUUUUCCACCGUCGCGUCUCGUUGCAAUUCUUGUUGUUGAAGUCGGUCCAGCAUCUUCACAGUUGAGACGACUCUCAAAUGCUGUGACAUAACCUUCAAAUAACAAUUAGUAAAUAGUCAAUAUCGUGUUGUGCAGGAACUUUUACGAACUGUAAAAUGUGUGAAGAAAACUUAAGUUUUUCUUGAUGUGCCUUGAAUUCGUUUGGUGGAAUAUACCCGAAAAUGUGAUAAACUUUCACUGGAAAUUCGAGUGGAAAAAUAGACAAUAAUGGCACAAUUCGUAACCCACAUUCAACCCACGUUGGUAGAAGCCUCUCAUCAUCACUUACCCCAUCAUUAUAAGGAACAUAAGGACCACGAUAAGCAUCAUAAAGAUUACCAUGCGAAAGAUCACUCUGAUGACAAGAAGCAUGGUAAAACAAAGCAGGAUCAUCAUCAUCGCCACGAGAGUAACGCCGAAGCCAUCAUGAAAGAUACUCAGAUGCAUCAGGGACAUCCAAGGGAUUUUCCAGUUCUUCCACACGGUCAUCCAGAUGUUCAUCAUCAUGAACACAAUCCGGAUCAUCAGAAGGAAAGGAAAAGGGAUUCUGGAAGUUACGUGGACUCUCAUGGGAAUCAGCACACCUUCCAGUUACAUUUCGUGGAUUCUCAAGGUAUCCAUAGAGAUUAUCACGGCCAUGCAAUUGACGAAAAUCCAACAGAUGAGAGGAAACAUAAGGAGAAGAGAGCAUCUGUUGAAGAUAAAUCACCUUUGAGGAGUACAAGUGAAAGACCCACACCUCCAAAGUUUAUCGAUCUGCAUUCAGUGCACUCAGAAAAUAAAAUUUCUGAUGGAAAUACGUCCUUUUUGCGGGCAGCACGCAAUGGCCAACUAGAAAAAGUACUAGAAUAUCUCAAAACUAAUAUCGACAUCAAUACAAGCAAUGCAAAUGGGCUGAAUGCACUCCACCUGGCAUCUAAAGACGGACAUGUGGAAAUUGUUGAGGAGCUCCUCAAACGAGGUGCUAUAGUUGAUGCAGCAACGAAGAAAGGAAACACAGCCCUUCACAUAGCCUCCCUUGCCGGACAAGAAGAAGUUGUUAAGCUUUUAGUUCAACAUGGAGCAUCCGUCAACGUACAAAGCCAGAAUGGCUUCACUCCGUUGUACAUGGCAGCGCAAGAAAAUCAUGACAACGUUGUCAAAUUCCUCCUGGCCAACGGUGCUAAUCAGAGUCUUUCCACAGAGGAUGGCUUCACACCGCUGGCCGUGGCAAUGCAACAGGGUCACGAUAAGGUAGUAACGGUUUUGUUGGAAAACGACACCAGGGGAAAAGUAAGGCUUCCAGCAUUACAUAUCGCUGCUAAGAAAGAUGACGUUAGAGCAGCUAAGCUUCUUUUGGAGAACGAUCACAACCCUGACGUUACCUCCAAGUCGGGAUUCACUCCACUUCAUAUAGCAUCACAUUACGGUAAUCAACCGAUUGCCAACCUUCUCAUCCAGAAGGGAGCUGACGUCAAUUAUUCUGCCAAGCAUAACAUCACUCCUCUACACGUCGCAGCAAAAUGGGGCAAGAGCAAUAUGGUAUCUGUCCUGCUGGAGCAGGGGGCACAUAUCGAGGCCAAGACCAGGGAUGGCCUGACGCCACUGCAUUGUGCUGCGAGAAGUGGCCACGAGCAGGUUGUCGAUAUGCUUCUGGAAAAAAGUGCACCAAUCAGUUCUAAAACGAAGAACGGCCUAGCUCCCUUGCACAUGGCAGCCCAGGGAGAUCAUGUAGACGCCGCAAGAAUUCUUCUGUAUCACCGCGCUCCAGUGGACGAAGUCACAGUAGAUUAUCUAACUGCCCUCCACGUCGCCGCCCACUGUGGACACGUGAGGGUUGCAAAACUAUUGCUCGAUCGACAGGCAGAUGCCAACGCUCGAGCUUUGAAUGGUUUCACCCCUCUACACAUAGCCUGUAAGAAAAAUAGGAUAAAAGUCGUGGAAUUGCUACUGAAGCACGGAGCCUGUAUCGGUGCUACAACUGAAAGUGGUUUAACCCCUCUACACGUAGCAAGUUUUAUGGGAUGCAUGAAUAUUGUUAUUUACCUACUUCAACAUGACGCUAGUCCAGACAUUCCAACUGUGCGUGGUGAAACUCCCUUACAUCUUGCUGCACGAGCAAACCAGACUGAUAUCAUCAGGAUACUACUGCGAAAUGGGGCACAGGUCGACGCACGUGCCAGGGAACAACAGACUCCUCUCCAUGUAGCUUCUCGUCUCGGAAACGUUGAUAUUGUCAUGCUGCUAUUGCAACAUGGCGCUAAGAUUGAUAAUACAACCAAAGACAUGUACACAUCUCUGCAUAUUGCAGCCAAAGAGGGGCAAGACGAGGUUGUUGCAGUUCUGAUCGAAAACGGAGCUUCCCUGAAUUCCACGACGAAGAAAGGAUUCACACCCCUUCAUCUCGCCGCCAAGUAUGGACAUCUGAAAGUAGCCAAGCUAUUGGUACAAAAAGAAGCACCCGUCGAUGCUCAAGGGAAAAACGGCGUCACUCCACUACACGUAGCUUCUCAUUACGAUCACCAGAACGUUGCCUUAUUGCUUUUGGAAAAGGGGGCAUCGCCGCAUGCUGAUGCCAAGAAUGGACACACGCCACUUCACAUCGCGGCUCGUAAGAACCAGAUGGACAUCGCGCACACUUUGUUGGAGUAUGGAGCGAAACCAGAUGUUGAGAGUAAAGCUGGGUUCACACCUUUACACUUGAGUUCACAAGAAGGUCACGUUGAAAUAUCUUCCCUCCUGUUGGAACACCGAGCAACACCAGAUUAUCAGUCUAAGAAUGGUCUUACACCAAUGCACUUAUGCGCACAAGAGAACAAAGUUGCAGUUGCUGAAAUACUUCAUAAGAACGGUGCCGACAUAGACACCCAAACCAAAGGGGGUUACACCCCCUUGCAUAUAGCUAGUCAUUACGGGCAAGCUGAUAUGGUGAAAUUCCUGUUAUCCAAGGGAGCAAAUGUAAAAGCCACAACCUCCCUCGGAUACACACCCCUUCAUCAAGCAGCUCAGCAAGGCCACACAAAUAUCGUUAAUCUCCUGUUAGAAAAUUCUGCACAACCAAAUGCAGUAACAAAUAACGGUCAGACUCCCCUGCAUAUAGCCCAGAAAUUGGGUUAUAUCACUGUGAUCGAUACAUUGAAAAAAGUCACGGAAUCUGCUCAGACGCCAGUACUUUCAGAAGAAAAGUAUAGGGUUGUUGCACCAGAACUAAUGCACGAGACUUUCCUGUCGGAUUCCGAAGAAGAAGGUGAAGACACAUUGCUUGGAGAUCAGACAUACAGAUACCUCACAGCUGAUGAAAUGAAAUCUCUAGGGGACGACUCCUUACCAAUUGAUGUCACAAGGGACGAAAGGAUAGAUUCGAAUAGAAUGGUGGGUAGUGAUGAUCCCAAUGCAUAUCCUCCAAGACAUAUAGAGGACUCCAUCAGUCCGGAACACAUUCAUCCAAAUUAUGUGGAAUACAUCAAGAAAGCAACUGACAAUGUUGACAUUUCCAGGCAUCCUGUGAAUAUUGGGAAACUGCACUGGAAAAACUUCCUCGUGUCGUUUUUGGUAGAUGCUAGAGGUGGGGCAAUGCGUGGCUGUAGGCACUCUGGUGUGAGAGUCAUAGUUCCCCCACGUUGUGCUCCAAGUCCUACCAGAAUAACGUGUAGAUACGUGAGACCACAAAGAACACCACAUCCUCCACCUCUCAUGGAAGGGGAAGCAUUAGCUAGCAGAGUUCUGGAGCUUGGACCUGUCGGCGCUAAGUUCUUAGGACCGGUCAUCAUCGAAGUUCCUCAUUUCGCCGCACUCAGAGGGAAAGAACGAGAAAUAGUGAUUCUAAGAUCAGACAAUGGUGAAUCUUGGAAAGAACAUACGGUGGAAGCAACCGAAGAUGUUUUGAAUGAAGUGCUGAGAGAUAGUUUCGACACAGAAGAUCUGAACCAGUUGGAGGACCACUCCAGUGGACGUACAACCAGAAUCAUCACCCAGGAUUUCCCCCAGUAUUUUGCUGUGAUAUCUAGGAUAAGACAAGAAGUUCAUGCUAUUGGACCAGAGGGAGGAAUGGUUUCUAGUACCGUCGUACCACAAGUGCAAGCCGUGUUUCCGCAAGGAGCAUUGACGAAGAAAAUCAAAGUGGGACUACAGGCCCAGCCCAUAGACCCAGAAUUGACGGCCAAACUUCUUGGUCAUGGAGUGGCAGUAUCACCUGUUGUCACCGUAGAACCAAGGAGGAGGAAAUUCCAUAAGGCAAUCACCUUGAGCAUGCCAGCUCCCAGAGCUCAUUCGCAAGGAAUGAUCAAUCAAUAUUCGGGUUCAGCUCCAACUUUAAGAUUGCUGUGUUCCAUAACAGGUGGAACAUCCAGAGCUCAAUGGGAGGACGUCACUGGAUCAACACCGUUAACGUUCGUGAAUGACUGUGUUUCUUUCACGACUACAGUAUCUGCCAGAUUCUGGUUGAUGGAUUGUAGAAACAUCGGAGAUGCCACGAAGAUGGCUACUGAACUAUAUAGGGAAGCUAUUCACGUUCCAUUCAUCGCAAAAUUCGUUGUAUUUGCGAAGAGAAUCGAUCCCCUCGAAGCAAGACUGAGAGUGUUUUGCAUGACUGACGACAAAGAAGAGAAGACUUUGGAAUAUCAGGAGCAAUUUACGGAGAUCGCCAAGAGUAGAGAUGUUGAAGUGAUGGAAGGAAAAUCUCAAUUCAUUGAAUUCGCCGGUAAUCUGGUGCCGAUAACCAAGAGCGGAGAACAACUGCAGUUCUCUUUCAGAGCAUUCAAGGAGAAUCGGUUACCUUUUUCGGUGAGAGUGAAGGAUCAACAUGCCGAGGCCGUUAGUAGAUGUCUGUUCAUGAGAGAGCCAAAGGUUCAGAAAGGAGAAGCACCACAACAGCCAAUCUGCAUACUGAAUAUCGUUCUGCCAGACGAUAUCGUCUCCGAGACUAUUUCACUGACAGAUUCUGAUUCCAUCAGGAAGAAAUACUACGCCAACGAAAAUUUCGACUACUAUAGGCAAGAUCCAAGACUUACGGACAUUAGUAAUCAUCUUGGUGAUGACUGGGUAGAACUGGCCGAUCAGCUAGGAUUAACCAGUUCAGAAAUAAAUGUAAUUAAGUCUGAGUAUCCUGAUAGUGUCGCUAAACAAGCGCAAUCCAUGCUGAGAAUGUGGUUGUCACAAUUAGGAAACAAAGUACAAACAAAUACAUUAGAAAUUGCCUUGCGUAGGAUAGGUAGAGAAGAUAUAGCGAAUCAGUGCCUAAAUAUAGACAAUAGAAAUCAGGAGAUCUUGAGGAUAAGAACGGAGGAGAAAGAAAAACAUAGACUGAUCAGUGAUAAUAGAAUUGAAGAUAUAUCUAAGCAGGAAAAAUAUAGUAAAGAAGAAAAAUCCAAGUUAUUCCAAAAUCUCGACAAGUAUUCGGCCGAAGAAAAAACAUUCGAGCCAUCAGACGAAGAAGAGGACUUCAACAAAACAGUACCUGAAAGACGUGAGCAAAUCGUCAAAAGACUGUCAACGGAAAGAACUAUUCCGGCUUCUUCACAGCGCGUUGAAAUUGUCCAGGAAAUAACUUCUAUCAAAAGACAGAGUCUUGUUGAAGAUAAAAUCGCGGAGGUUCAACAAAAAGCCAACAUAGAACCUAUGAAAAUGACAACAAUAAAGCCAGUAUCGAAAAUCAUGCAGGAGAAAACCAGUCUUACUGAAAAGAAAGAACAGAAAAUCAGCACACACCUUCAAGAAGAACCAGAGCAAACUGAGAAAACACGAAUUGAUGCGCAGAAUAUCGAAAAAAGGGACGAUCCUAAUAUGCGUAAUUUGGAUAACCAAGAGAAACCAGACAGAAGGGACUCGGUGCUUCUUGAAGAAGUUACCCAGCUACUAGAGACUAGAAAACCUUCGGCUAAUCUGACGAAUCAAGAAGAUCCAAAUUCACCUAAAUUCUCAAAGACACCGCCGCCCAGCCCUGCAGAUUUCAUCAAGGAGAAGCAGGCAACCACAAACCAAGAAUGGAGUGCAACUGAAGACAUCGGGAAAUUCUCCAGAUCACAAUCUGAUACUGUGAGAGAGGACAUAUCAGGAAAAACGACUUCAGCACAGUAUUUAAUUGAGCGUGAAGAAACUUUGCAAAAAAGUUCCCCUGAUUUUUCCUUCCCUAACUCUAACUUGUCAGUUCAAGAAAACAUAACUUACGCUUCUACCCAUUCGAAGAGUGAAUCAGGAGGAAAGGAAUUGAAAACCGAAAUAAAAGACACUGAGACUAAUAUAUUAGAAAAUAGAACACUUCCAGAAAGAACAGAACCAUCAACUGAUUUGAAAUUCGUCACAUUCUCAUUUAUAGAAAAAGAAAAAAUUCAUUAUGAUCCGUUUGAGGUUAAAGCUAAAUCAGACGCACCAGAAGGAAUAAUUCGUAUAAAUCAUGCGUCAAAUUUGGUUACCAAGGAGGAAACAAUAUCAAUAAUAGAGAAACAGGAUGAAGAAACCUCGAAGGAACACCUGCAAUAUGAAUGUCAGAAGGAAUAUCCCGAUAAUAUUGAUGAGAAUAAUACCUCCAGAAAUCUGGGCCUACUGGAUAACAUGAAAGUGGUGCCAAAUAAACAUUCUGCAAUAAAGACAACAAGUAAUGAUGCCCGACAAGACAAGAAAAAGCAUCAAGAUGUAUCAAUCAAACUUAUGGAAAAUACGACAAACAAAAAGGAAAAGAAUGACGUAGAAGCGGAUCAUGAAACAAAAUGGUCGUCAGCUGAAACGAAAAAAUUCACACAUGAAUUUGUCAGCAAUGAAAUAAGAAAUUUCGAUGAUGUGAAAUUCAUUAAGUCCACCACAGAAAAAUCGAAUGGUAUUGAAACUGAAACCAAAACCCAAGAAUUUUCCAGGGCCUUUGGUAAAGGUGAAGAGGAAAAUAUUUCGGAAAAUUUAGGAGUUGGAAUCCAAACUAUUCAAGCCAAGGCACAAGACGUGGGCACCCAAAAUAACCGAAAAAUUAUUGGAGUGUCUGAUGACCACGAUGUUGCACAUACCAAACUUCGACUUCAACAGUUGAAGGAAAAUGAGCUUGAAGUGAAAAAAGCAACAUCUGCUUUCAUCGCUGGAGAGACUGAGAAAUACGAUUGUGAUGUUCAAUCGAGAAAACCUCAGAACGAAUCAAAUUCUGAACAAAAUAUAAUCAGAAAAGUCUCCACAGAAUUAAAUGUUACAGAUGAGCAUGUGGAUAAUGAGGCCAGGAAAGAAAUGAGUUCAAAGAAACGAGAACUCGAAACUUAUGAAUGCUACACCGUCGUUUCAGGGGAGAAGAAAGAGAAUUAUCAGAAUGAAAAUGUUGAAAGUAAUAUUCUAUCUGAAUAUACACAGAAACCUUUAUGUGAAAAUGAGAAGUUACAAGCAGCAAAAACUGUGGAUAGAAUUAUGAAAAAAGGAACAAAUGAUUUUUUGAAUAUGGAAAUACAGAAUUAUCAUGAUGUGAAAUACCAGCAUGUUGAGACUUUGAAAUUAGAACCCGAUGAAGUGGAAGACCAUAACCAGAAAGAAGUAACUGAAAUAACCGAUUCCAAUGAAUCAAGAACAGAGGUUACCAAUACUGAAGAAGAACCAAGGAACGAAACGAUAAGCAAACGUGAAGUAACCACCAAAAAGAGUGGAAAACCUGGCAUUUUCAGUUUCUUCAAGAACAAAUCGAAGCAAAGUGAAAAAAAUGAAACGAAGUCAGCGGAAGAUACAUAUGAAUACACUGUGAAAGAUGAGAAUCAUAUGAAUGAUAAAGUUACAACAAAAAAGCCAGAAAAAGGACAAGGAAAAAUCGAAAAAAGGCUUACGGAAGACGAUAAUCUGAAAGAAAGACCUAACGAAGAAAUUUUUAUGUCAUCGAAAGAGAAAAUUGAAAUUUCGGGUAGAUUUCUCAGCAGUGAAAUAGAAAAAUAUCAUGAUGUGAGAAAUUUAGAAUCUGUGAAAGACAAAAAGGAGGAGAAUAAUCUUAUUUCAGGACUUAACACUGAACAAAGCGAGAAAAUUGGUGCAUCUGAGAAAGAUAAUACAGAAGAGCGAACUACGGAAAACAUUGGCCACAUUGAAAAAAGAUCUGAUUCGCAACAGGAAAAAAGUCAUGAAAAAAAGAAAUCUGGAAUAAUGAGAAUUUUCAAACGGAAAUCUUCGAAAGAAACUAAAAAAGAAUCCGAAGUUGAUCAAGAAGACAAAACGAACGCAAAACUCAUACGUGAGCUGCCACAAGUUCGAAGCGAAAAGAAGUCCGGAGAAAAGAAAACAAAUGUUGUUAUGGAUGAUGAUGAAAAUAGGAAAAAACUUGGAUCAGAAGAACUUCAACAAACGACGAAUGAUUUCCUCAACAAGGAGAUUAAAUCAUACCACGAUGUGAAGUACACAAAAUCAGAAAUAAUAAAAGAAGAGCACCAAAAUGGAAUGAAUAAACCAGAUUUGCUUGAAUUAUUAGAUGACGCACCGGCCAUCGGGAAGCCAAACUAUUUGCAAACAACAGAUUUAGACGACAUGGAUAUGAAUAAAACAACAAAAACCCAGGACGGAACUUCAGUAAAACAUGAAGAAUGCAAUCUUACCGAAGGAAAAGAAACGAAAACUCGAUCACAGGAAAAGUAUGACACGGUCGAGGAUAAGAAAAAUCAGAAGACGUCAAACACUGAAUCUUUAAAAUUUCUAUUGACAGAAGAAGAAAAACAUGACAUCGAUGAAUAUCAACAAAAUUACACUGAAGAUUUACCAGUACAGGAAAAGAGCAAAAAGAUCGAAACAACAACACUUAACAAGCAAAAACCCGAAGACCUAAAAACUGAACAUCAACCGCAACAGAGCUUAAAUAAAACGAAAGAUGUCACAACUGAUUUCCUCCUCAAAGAAAUAGAACUGUAUCACGAUGUCAAAAAUAUAAAAUCCAAUUUGGAAUUGCAGGGUUCGAAUGAAUCCGAAUUGCAUGACCGCCUCUCUGUUAAAGAUGAAAGAAAGGAUGAAAUGAAACAUAGUUCCUUAACGGAACAACCUAAAGUAGUAGCAACGAAAAGAAAAUCACUCAGUGGAGGAAACGAUCACCAAAAAACAAAUUAUACUAAGGAAGAUCACGAUAAUAUCGGAAGGGGGAUUAAAGUAGAUAAAGGAGAACACAGUUCCUACGAACCAAAGCAAGAAAUGAAAAAUGACAGAAUGAACAUAAUUGGUCAGGCACAGAUUGUUAAUGAAACUACAGAAACAUCACAAGAUAAACAAGUGAGUCCCAAAUCUAAUAAGAGGUCAAAGCCAGGAAUCUUCGAUUUUGUCAAAGAUAAACUAAAGAUCGGAAACAGGAGUAGAUCAGAGGAUGAUAGCGUUCAGGAAGAAAAUGAGGAAAUAAAUUCAGAAUUGGUAGCAAUAACUUCAUCUUUUCUGUUGGAAGAAAAAUCUAAAUACGAAGAUAAAUUCAGUUCGUCUCCUUUCAAAUCAAAAAUGGGCAAUGAAGAUGAAGCUGUCUCCGGAGAUCGAAAGUCAGAAGCUUUAGAAACUGAACACACUAUUGACGAAAAUGCUCCCGAACGUCAUUUCGAUAAAGAGGAAACUCAGAGACAAAAAAUUUUCGAACCUGUCGAACGUAGGAGCCCACAAAACCUUUUCGAGAAUCCAUUCUCCACGGAGUCUCUUGACUACACUGUUAUGGAGAAUGGAGAAAAAACUUCAAGUAACGAGUUUGUAGAACAAGAUCGGGAGGUCGAGCCAGCCACUCAGCUUUUUUUCGAAAAGGAAAAAAAUUAUGAGUGUGAAAUAGCUGAAGAUCUAACAUACACAUCUGUUUCUAGAUCAGAAAAUUUACAAACACGCCAAAGUGCUGAAAGCGACGAAUCCAGAGAUAACUGGUUCGGUCCGAAAAGUAUCCAAACUACCACCAAUUUUCUGAUUUUAGAAAAACAAUUUUAUGAUACUCCACCUGCUUCUGAAGACAACGAUAAGAAAAUGCUACACAGUGUCAAGAAACCCGAAGAAGUACAACCAAUUGACCAAACAAGAAAAGAAUCCGAUGAUUUGCAAGAAAAAAUAAAUUCUCCUGACGUUAAGGUUGGUGACAAGGUGUCAGAGGAAUCUGAAAAUGAGAAUACGAUGCAGACAAGGAGUGGUAAGAAAAAAGGAAUAUUAGGUUUUCUGAAAAAAAAAUCUAAAGAAGUUGAUGAAGUGGGUCAGCCUCCGUUCGAAAAACUGGAGAAAGAUCUGAAUGAAACAUCCAAAAAAUCAGCAUAUCUUGAAAAUCUUAUUCCAACAUCAGGCAGAGCUAAGCGGUCAGAUACUAUAGAACAUCAAACUGAAGGUGAAGGCGAUACAGAAGAUGAAAUUGUGUUGAAGAAAAAGGCUAAGUCACAGAAAAAAACACAGAAGGAAGACUCAUCCUCGAAAGGUAUUUUAGGCUUUUUAUUCAAGAAGAAAAAACCUAAGGACAAAGAUGAGACACCUUCAUAUCAAAAGGUAGACGAUUAUUUGACAAUUCUUGAAGAUACAAAAACUUUCCUGAACAAAGAAACUGAAAUGUAUCAUGAUGUACGAGAUUCUUCAUGUGAUAAUGCGAAUAAAAUACGAAAUAUUUCAGAAGAAACAGAUAAUUCAGAAAAUCAAUCUAUACCAUCAAUAAUAUCCAAGGAACAACCUUCUCAAGUGAAGAAUGUUUGUGAUUUCGUACAAAACAAUCCUAACGAUUGUUAUGAUGACAGCCGUCGAAUAUGUGAUGAGGAAAUGGAAGUUGAAACUAGAGUUGAUAUUCCGGAAUAUACAUCAUUCGAUUUCAUAAGAGAAGAAGUAGAAAUGUUCGAAAAAACUAAACUACCAUGCACAAGCAAAGUCGAUUCCUCUAUUAGAAUAGAAACAGAGGUUGAAAACAUUGACGGUGAAUUUCCAAAAGAGAUUAUAACAAAAAAAAUUAUUAUAUCUGAAACACUAUUAGAACGAAAGGAUAAUAUGGAGAGUGAAAGUAUGUCUCAAGAAAUCCUCAGGAAAUUAAUGGAGGUCAACGAAGAAUUGAAAGCUCAAAUGAAUGAAGAGAAAUCUGAUGAAUUACCCACGAACGUGGAUUUUUCGACAUCAAAUGAGAGAAGUGAAAGUUUCGAUACCGUACUCGAAAGAAAAUUAGAUCAUUUUGAACAGAUACCACAGGAAAAUAUCAUUAAAAUGUCGAAAAAAGUUGAAAAGACAAACGGAACUGAGAUAAAUGAAUUUUUAGAAAGAAUUGAAGAUGUUGAAUUAGUAAAGAGCAAUAUAGUUGAAGAUGUAUCAAUUUUGGAAGGUUUAAGCCAUAUUGCGAAGGAUGGAAAACAAGAAAUUGUAACUGACUUGGAUGACAUUACUUCAGACUCCUCCAUGGACUCUCGAAAUGUAGAAGAAUUGGACAAAAUGAUCAGUAACAAAUAUUCAGAUUGUUUCGACAAAAAUAUUCCAAAAGUUGAAAUGAAUAAAGAAGAGAAAAUUGAUGACCUACUUCAACUCAACAAAGAAGGAAUAUCUGAAGAAAAAGGAAAGGUUCUGAUAAGUGGAGAAAAGAUUGAUGGUGAAAAUAUUAAAAAAAGGGGAAGCAUUACAAAACUAAACGAACAAGGCGCCCUUAGCGAUGUCAUUUAUGCAAAUGAAGAUUUCGUGACAAACUUGGAACUGAAUUACUAUCAGCAUACAAAGGAACCGAAAGAGGAGGACAUAAUUUCGAAGAACAAGGAAUCGAUAUCUUCCGACGAAGAAAAAACAGUUGGUGGUACAAAAAGAAAACCGUUAUUUAGAAUUGAAUCAGAAGAAGAAAAUAUGACCUCAAAUUUUGAAGUGGCCUCAGCUACUUCUGAGGAAUUGGAUAAUCUUCUUCGCGAACUUAGAAAAGAUGCUGAUGAACCCACGGUUACUGUGUUAAAAGUAAAAACCAAAAACGAAAAUGAAGAAGAUAGUGUUGAUAAGGUCGAUAUUGAAACUAUAGAGAGAAAGCUGUGCGAUUUGGGAAAAGCGUUAGAAACAUUAGAGCAAUUAAACGAAUGUUCAUCUCCAAAAGACAAAAGUGAAGUUAGGGAAGGAAAGCUCAGAAGGAUUGAGAGAAAAUUUGAGCAUAUGGCUUCCGAAACCGACGAGUUAGCAACUGCUAACAAGCAAACGGUCGAUUUAUCGAAAUCUGCCAAAAAUGAGCAAUACCAGCAGUUAGUUUCCCAACUGAGUCAGGAUGAGGUAAUGUCCUUCCAGGGCGAUUAUAAUAAUUUAUGGGACGAGUACACUUUCUCAAAAACCGAUGAAUGGGACUCGAAAACGCCCGAUAGUCAAGCAGAUGUUCUUGAACUUCCACAAGACACUUCCUGCAAAGAACUAACGGAUGCUUCACAAAAACUCCCAACUAACAUCCAACCUCCUCAGCCAAGACCGAGACAUCAAAAAUCCAAAGAACAGAGCGAUGAACAAGAUGUCGAAUCACCACCAAAACAAAUAUCACCAGUUCGAGAUGAUCUUCUGGACGAAACUAACAAAACCGAGGAUAUAUCAUAUCAAGACAAGAAGAAGUUCUGGGAAAAUAUCGCAAAAGAACCGUCGAAAAAAACGUCUGAUUUAUCCAAAAGGAAUUCAGUUCAAGAAAUUAGCGCUCCACCAGUACCCAAACCAAGAGGAACUUUACAAAGUUCUCACAGCGUCGUAGAAACAACAACCCAGAAGGUGCCUGUGAUAGGAACUCGAGAUGGUAAGGAUCACGCAAUUCUUAAAGAGAAGGAACCCUCUGAGCCAACUAAAUUACUUCCACGUACGGAAUCAAAACCCGAAGAUCAGGAGAAAUCAGAGGACAUCGCAGUUGAAGAAACUACGAAAGAAAUUCAGAAGUCCGAUAGUGUUGACACUGAAGAAAAUAGUAGUCAGGCGGAAGAGAAUGCUGGUUAUAUUUCAGACAGUGGCGACGUGGAGCAUUAUAUCUCAGAUUCGGAAAUUGAAGACCGAGUACCACAAAUACGAGAGAGACAAAUGAGCGUGUUCGUACCUCCUUCGGUGUCUCAAAGAACAAGGUAUGAACGAUCCGCUUCACUGCCCACUGAAGAUUUAUAUGAAGUUUCCGCCAGAAGUACAAAAUUGAGAAAGCAAUAUUAUGAAGAGCAAAUCAAAAAAGAAAUGAUUCAAGAGCAGCUUACAAUAGAUCUAGAAGACGAAGGUUCGCCGGAAAGGAAAUCCAUAUCAUCCCCUGAAAUGAAACUUGAAGAGACCAGUGCAAUGGUAUUGGAAGAGAUUCCAACGAAUGAAAAAUCAGAUACAAUAUUCGAAUCUGAACUCGAACAAUACUCAGAAGAAGUUUCUCAAGAAGGCCAGAGGAGUAUCACUGCUUCAAAAGACGAAACUGCCGAGAUUCACGUUGAUAAGAGUGAAACAGAAAAAUCAGAAAAAGUUCAUACACUUUCAGCAGAGCAAAAACAACAAUCCGAUAUGCAGGAAACUAUACCUGAAAUAACUUUCACUUUGUCAGGAAAACAAAGAAGAAUAAGUGAAGAGAGUGAUGAAGAUGUUCUGGAGGAGGUUGAAAAAAUUACCCCCGUACCAGAACAUCCAGAAGCUGAAGAGAUACAUUCUGAGCAUGAGAAAAAAACACUCGAUCAGGGAGAGCACGAACAAGAUAUAUCUGCUGAAAGAAAAGAACACGCUGAUAUACAAUCAGAAAAAAAUUCAACACAUCGGGAAGAAGAAAUAGUAAAGAUGGAAACAUCGACUGCAAAAUCAGAAGAAAUACAAAGUCACAUUUCAUCGAAAUCAGAAUUCGUAAGUGAAAAACAAGAACAACCAGAUGCAGAUACAGCCGAAAAAUCAGAAAUUGCAAUUACUUCUUCCGAAGAACUAAACACUUCACUGAAAUCGGAGACUUCAGCGAACCAGAUAUCCCUUCACGAAGAAACUAAACUAAUAAGUUACGAAAUCGCAGACAAAGAUGUAGGAGCAAUGUCGGAACCCUCCAGAACUGCAGCAGAAGAAAAACUCUUAGCGGAGAAUAUUCUGGAUGAUGGUAUAGCAGAUAUCGAUUUGGAAAGUGAAGAUCUGAAGAACAUCGUUUCUAGAUUGGAAAGUAUGCACAAAUUCAGAAAACUAAAAGCUUCAACUAAAAUUCCUUGUAAGAAGAAAGUUUCCGAAAGCAUCGAGAAGAAAGAAACAUCGAUCCAGUCAACCACAGGAAAUCAGGAAAAAGCAGAUGUUGGAGAAAAAAUCAAAUGUGAAGUUUCGAAGGAAUUGGAAGCCGAGAAACACGAAUAUCAAGAAAAAUAUGCGACCGAAUCUACUGAAAAUAUUCAACAAACACAAGACACUCAUGAGCAUCCAUUUACGCAGAUCCAACCUAUUGAAGGAGAAAUUGAGGAAACGCACUUUCCUCAAGUAGACCACGCUGUGCCGAAAUCAGGAACUAUAACUGCAGGUGAAAUGGAAAUUCCAGAUUUAUCACAAUUCUCUUCUAAGCAUAAAGAUCUUCAUGAAGUGGAAGAACCUGAAUCUUCUUCGAAGACACAAGCUGUUUUCGGAGAGUUCGAAACCCCUGAGAAAUUCGGAAUUUCAAAGGAUGAUGAACCUUCCUCACCUUCGAAGACAAUUCAUGAAAAAACACAAGAUGAAACUUUAGUAGCAUCAUUGGAAAAAAUACCAGUAGAAACUCUUGAAGGCGCAAUUUCAAGAGUCGGAUCUAUGAAAGAAGAUGAGGAAAGCACUUGCACACCAGAAUAUACGCAUCAUGGUGAAAAAGAAGAAGAUACUCAACAUAAGGAUUCGACCAAAAUAGAAUAUGAAGAACCAAAAACAAUCGAUUGCGACACAGAAAAUCACCUUAUCGCAACAGAAAUUAAAACAAGUGAAGAAAUUAUAGAUGAAUCAACUGUAAAAAAAGAAAUUGAACAAGUCAGUUGUACCGAGAAGAAAAACAUACUUGAUCAAGAAAUUGCAAGCUCAAAAGACAACCAAGAAGGUAUUCAAUCAGAAACGAAGCCUACAUCUGAAGUACAUCUGAUCAGUAAUCAGUAUCAAAAAACUUCCGAAGAACUUUCUGAAGAGACAGGACUAUAUACGGAGGAAUAUUCGUCCAUAGAAAAAAAUAAUGCAGGAGAUACAGAAAGAGUUGUAACGUCAAGUGCUCCAGAGCUAUUUUCAGGUAUUACGAAAACAGAAAUGAUAUCCGAGUAUACAGUGAUAAACCAACCUCAAGAGAAUAUCGAGAAUACAGUAUGGGAAGUAUCAAUCGAGUCUGAAAUGCUGAAAGAAGAGAAACUAUCAAGUUUAGCAACUUCCUGCAAGAGAGAAUCCAUAGACACAAAAACAGACUCCAUGUCUGAUAAAAUUAAUGACGAUAUCACAACAGACGAGACAAAUUUAGAAUCAGAAAAGUUAGAUCAAGAACCAUCGGAUUCAUUGCCUUCCCACAAGUUUGAACUUGAUAGUCAUGACGAUAUGAAGAAAAUCAUAUUAGAGAGCUUGCAUCAGCAAAAAGUAGAUCCAGAAGAAGCGAAAAUAAUUGCUAACUCUUUGAUCGAAGAAAUCGAAUUAGAACUUCAAAAAGUUGAAAACUUCAAUAAGGGACUUUCUAGCAAAAGCGAAUCUUUAGAUUCAGAAAAACAUGUGUCAGAUUACUUGAAAGAACUGGCAGAGACGAAAGGACUUGAUCAAAGAGAAGUCGAAUUGGUUGAAUCGGUGCUCGAGAGACGAAAAAGACAAAUAUCAAAAUUGAGUCGGGGUGACACUCAAGCUUCCAGUAUGGAAAUAACCGAUGAAGACCUUCGAUACAGCGAAACGGAUUAUGACUAUUCAAAUGUUCUCCAACAACAAAUGGGACAAUUGGAGGCCGAAUAUAGUGAUCAUUUGAAAAAUGUUUACGAUUCUUUAGUGGAAGACCAGGUUAUCAAAGAUAGUAGUGACAUAUCACUACCGACCAAGACAAUUGAUAAGAAACAGACCGCAGAUGAGCAGAUGGCAAGUGAAAAAUCUUUCAUAGAGAGAAAAGAUGUUAUACUGGAAGAAGAUGAGAACGUCACAGAUGAUCUCGAUAUCCCAGAACCAACAGAAAAAAUCGAAGAUUCUAUAAAAACACCAGACGACGCAGUCAUUUCAACAUACUCCCUGACUACAGAGAAACUUCCAGUUGAAUCACAAGUUAAGGACGAAAAGAAAACUGAGGAGUCUAUUGAUGGUAGUGCAGAUAUAACGAAACUUCAAUCAGAUAUUGAUUCUGAAGACCUGAAACAAACAGAAAAAUAUUCAACGGAAGAGCCUGAACAUAUCGACAAGGAUAACAAUAAGGAGAGCAUCAAACGCACAUCAAGCUCCGACUCUAAGUCGAGUGUCAGCUCAAGUAAAACACCAGAAGAUAUAUACUCCACUUGUUCAUCCGGUAAAAAAUUGGACUCUGAAAUUUCCACAGAAGUUGUAUUCAGAAAAUCCAAGAAACAUGAAGAGAGUAGUGCUAGAAAGGCAGAUAGAAAAUCCGGCAUAGACCUAGAAACUUAUUCUAGCUCGGGAGAGAGUCAUUACCAUAGCUUCGAGAUCGACAGUAAGAGCAGACCAUGUUCGUCCGAUCUGGAAGGAAUAGUACCCACAGGUUCUUCAGAAUAUGAAUCUGCUCUGAAUUCUCAGGAAAUAUCGAUGAAAUCUCAAGUAACAUCCGGAGAAUAUCAUACUGCAAUAAGCAGUUUGAGCUCAAAACAGAGUAUGAUGAGUAUUGAGAGUGAAAGCUCAGGAAAUCUUGCUAGUAUUGAAGUAUCAGAAACUUCAGAAACAUUGGUUCCUACAAAUAGUGACCUAGAAGGUGACAUGGAUAUGGUCGAUCAACAGAUGUUUGAAGGCGACGAUCUUUGGCAAACAUCAGAAUUCGAAAACCAGGAGCCCAUAUCAGAAGAAGCAGUUAAUCAGUACUCUCCCACACAUUCUACAGGGGCUGUAGAUAUCCCACCUAAAAUGAAACGCUCUCACGAGAUGACAUUCCAACCAGAACCUCGAGUUCUCGCAACAGAUUCGCCACAAAUGGAAUCGAACGACAUCGAGGAAAAGUUUGGUACUAGUAUCGAUGAUGGAAGCGCUCUGAGCGUGAGUCUCUCCAGUACUUCAAGCGCUCAAUUGCCUACUGUAAUAGAAUUAUCAAGAACUGAAUCUGGGGGACCCGAAGAAAGCAUAACUUCUGCAUUUUCCGAUCAUAUGAGUCUGGAAGAUGAUAUUUUAACAAGGACGCCAGAUAAUGUUGUGUUAACAGACUCCUCAACCUCAACGAAUUCGGUUCUUAAAGAACCCAUUGAAUCUGUAACAAUUCUAUCUGCGACCAUCACCACCAACGGAAUAUCGAGUGUAUGUAGUCAAGUAACCACUGAAACGGUAUCUUCUUCGACUGAGGCCCAAAGGCCGAAUCAUGAAGAAUUGAAGAGAAAAGGACAUCGCCGUCAAGACAGCACUUCAUUUAUUCCAACGUUAAUACAUGGCGUUGUCAAAACAUCAGAGCCCCAAAAACUUUUCGAAGUAACACUUCACUCACAGGAUAGUGAAGAUGGUCACGAUACGAAAGUUUUCAUUGAAAGUUCGGAAAAGCAGAGUCAUGAAAAGGCCAUGGAUUUAUCCCUUAGGAGAGAAUCAAGCGAAAGAAGAGAUUCUCAUGGAAAAUCAAGUAGUACAUCGAGUGAAAAAUCGAGCUUCGAAGAAGCUGAAGCGGAAGCUGCUUUCAGCAUGGUAGCUCAUAUUUCUCCAGUUCAUAAAAUCAAACAAAUUUGUCCAAUCAUAGAGGACAUCGAUGCCGAAAAAAUCGAAUCGGAAGCAAGAGAGCUCGCUAAAAGAGAAAGGAUUGAGAGAGCCCAGCAAAUCAGAGAUGCAAGUCCUGGAUCAAUACCCGACAUCAAAGUUACAGAACACAUGGCCCCUCUCGAUGAGAGUAAAUUCAGGUAUCCAGAGCUUGAAAUUGAGCGCGAAGAAAUGGAACGAGAAAGUCGAAAGAGUGAUACUGAAUCCCCAGCUCCUAACGACGCAGAAAUCGAACAACAGCAUGAAGUCGAAACUGAAGACAAAGUUAUGGAGGAGCCAGACAGCCUCGAAGAUAAUUUAUGCGAGACAGAAAUAGUGAAACCACAAGAAAAAAGUGUCGUGGAGGAAAAAACAACGAAGGACAUCGGUUCGGUUGAGCAAUGUUCGAAUGAAGAAGAGCGAACUUCUGAUUCGCCAAACAGCGAUUCUUUCGAAUUGGUGGAAAAACCCGACAUCAUCGAUGAUUUCGUCGUGAUCGAAGAAAUAGGAAAAGAAGCAAGCGAGAUGGAUUCGGAAGGAAAAAGUAUGGCGAUUCAGACAAAACCUAAAUCGCGUAAGAAAAGGGAUGAAGAAUUAGAUGCGUAUUUAGCUAGAUCAGAUCCAACGCCACUCACAAAAAUGACAGAGUUGAAAUAUUUCCCACCAGACACAAAUUACGAGUUAGAAUUUGAAUUCGAAGACAGCCCUCCCCAAGCGAAAGGAGAUGCGGCGACGAAGGAUUAUGGAUCUAGGUACGACCAAGAAUUAGAAGCAAAUAGAAAAUGGAUAGAGCAACAAUUUCAUGGCGAUCAAGCAGCCAUGGCGGCCGCAGGGUAUGGUUAUGAAAUGGAAUUCGAAAGAGGACCUCUGGAAGAUAUUAAAGAGGAAGAUAUUAAUGAUAUCGAUUUGGCAUCCAGUCGAAUCGGAAGUCUAGGUUCCCAGAAGGAAUCUGGUGGUAGUUUGGGAAGCAUCAAGGAUUCUUAUUCCAGUACACCAGAAUAUGAUGUAUUAGCUGGCAGAAGGUACUUCACAAGAUCUGGAGAACACGAUGACAUUUCCAUGUCCAGUUUACAAGAAUUUGAGAAUCUCGAACGGGCAAUGUCAUUAGAAACCAAAAAAAUGUAUCACGGCUCUGGAUCUCAAGAAUCCACGAGCAAUGGUAGUUUCAAAACCCGUUAUUACUCCCAUAAAGGUCAAGGAGACGAUAUUUCCGUUAGUUCCCUCAAAGAAUUCGAAGGUUUGGAGAAAGCCUGCAUCGCAGCACACAGAACUGAAAUAAAAGUCAAAGAGGAAGAAGAGUUACUUUCCCAGAUCGAUGAAAGUCAGGAGAUCGUACCAGACACAAACGAGAAAGACGCGACUGAUAAAAGCAAACUGACGGAAUCUGAUGAAGAAGAUUACGAAAAGCGCAUGUUCGAAAUCGACGAGAUAAUAAGGCAGGCGCAAAACAACGUCGAGAGAUUCACAGAUCUAAAGGAGGCUGAAAAAACAGAAUCCCUGGGUCGAGGAGAUUCGAUCGAAGAAGUAUCAAAGGUCCCAGAUCUGGAUCUCGACGCACCACUGGCCAAAUCCACCACCCAGACCGCGUGGAAGGACGACGAUCCAAUGGUUGCGUCCACGGACUCACUGGACCUGGACCAAAAUAAACCCAUUCAAUAUGGAAGUACUGACAGUUUGGAUCAGAAGAACGUAGGCCAGGACGUUAUGACGGCCAGCACGGAUUCUAUAGAAUUCAACAAUCAACUCAGUAAGAAUAUCACUACAGACAGUAUGGACAAUAAAACAGAGGGCAGCAAUAUGGUUUGUAGUGAUUCACUCGAAAUAGCAGCGGCUGUUAGCACCAGACCACAGAUAGAUUCAUUGGAAGAUGACGACCAGAAGAUAUUCGCAGAUCAUAGCAGUUCAGACACCGGAAAAGAUUUCAGUUCAUCUGUCAGAGACGACGUUGACGAACAAUUACAUGAGUUGAUGCUAGGUAGUACCGACAGCUUAGAACCUACCAGCUCAACCGCGACACAUGCCACAUACCAAUAUGAAACAGACUCAGUAUUUUCUGGAAGUUUCACAAGUGGUGGAUCCAACACGAUGGUGUCUUCAACAGACACUAUAGACCCGAAUAUUCCCAGAGAAAAUGUAGACAUAGCAGCAGCAGUACGUAAAGUUUGGUUUGACGAAGGAACCACAUCGUCCGGAAGAAACAUAACCACGGAAUUCUUUGAAGAAUCUUCCAUGCCUUACGUGACUGAAGUGAUUGAACCAAGUGACGAUCCAGCGUUCUCUCAUACUAUUCAUAGAAGGGUACAAAUGCCAGUAGAAGUAAGAAAAGUUACAUUCCAUGGUGAAGACGCGGAUGAGAAAUUAGAGCAGUUCAUCAAAGAUUUCGGCGAAAAUGAGGAGGAAAUCCACGAGACUGAGGAAGUCGACGCGGAUGGAAAUAUUCACACCAGAAGGAUAGUCCAAAAACGUUUCAUCGUCAAGUCGGAAGAUGAAGCAGCAACUUUGAGCAAAGCGAUUCGUACCGAAGAAGAAGACCUCUCGAUUAGUCGAAAGUUCGAAAUGUGUCCCCCCCAACUAACAACAUUAACAAAAACAGUGACAGGUGAAACAUCUCAACCUUCCGAUCCCUGUGAUACAUCUUCUUCGAAAGCACAAGCCUUCCGUAGAAGACCACUGAGAUAUGACAUCAGUGUAGACGACCAAACCGAAGUGGAUCCAAGAGAACACGACUGGCGCUUUUAUUUGAACGAAGAUGAUCAACAAUCAUUGUCAUCGGGAAUAGAAGACGAACUAGUCAGACCUUUCGAUCAACAUCAACUUUCCAGUGAAAUGAAGGAACUACUCAAAGAAAUGGAAGAGGCAAGCAAGAAGUGAAUUCGUUUCCAACACAUCAACGUUAAUUUAUAUCACAAAACUGGCUGAGCCAUUUCAACUUUGUUUCAUUGUUGAGGAAUUGUUAACACCAAACUAUAUAAUCCGCUUUGCUUAACUUAUAUUGCCGCUUGAAAACGAUGAAUGAAAAGGAGUUUUGGACUAUGUGGUGAAAAAUGAGAGCCUUUAUAAGGAGAAUUUGCCUAUAUUGCUAAUAUUUGUGAAAUAAUAUUUUCAGAAUAUGGUAGUGUAAUGAGAUAUUUUAUUUAUUUUUAUUAUACAUUGACAUUGCUUUAGACACUAUAAUUGUGAUCGAUAUCAUUGAAAUUCUGUUAAUUUUUCAUGACCAAUUGAUGUAUAAUAUUCCGAACUUUAUAGUGAAUUGAAUAUAGAUGACCCAAAACUAAUGAUGAUUUGUAGUUCAAACUAACGAUGAAAGUGUUUUUUGAUAAUAAAUAUUUUGUUAGUUUACAUCUGUUUUGAAUAAUCAUUGUUAGUUUUUUCUACUGGACUUAUGUAUAAAUUAAUAAAACAGAAUUCAUGGAUAUUUAUGAAUGUGUAAUAGUUUCAGAUUACUAUUCAUUGGAUAACUAUUUUCUCUGAAAAAGAUAGAGCACGGGUUAGUGGCUUUUCCCUGCAUUCUUAUCAGAGAAACCUGUACCAAUUCCUUUAUUGUGAACAUGUAUUAUGUGUAUCAAAAUAAAGCUUUCAAUACAGA